AUGAUGCAGAACGUGGGGUCCCUGCGGUUCCAGGUGGUUGAUUCCCGCCCCGAGAGUCGGUUCCGGGGGACUGAGCUGGACCAAGGGCUGGAAUCUGGUCACAUCCCUGGCGCUGUGAACAUACCCUUCCGCUCAUUCCUAACAGAAACUGGCCACGAGAAGAGUAUUGAGGAGAUCCAACAAAUAUUCCGUGAGAAGAAUGUGGAUCUCUCAAAGCCACUGACGGCCACAUGCCGCAAAGGUGUCACAGCAUGUCACAUUGCUUUGGCAGCCUACCUGUGCGGCAAGCGUGAUGUGGCUGUUUAUGAUGGUUCCUGGUCAGAGUGGUUCCACCGUGCCCCGCCUCGCUACAAGGUCUCUGAGUUGAAGCGCAACAAGGGCUAG